UGUUUUACGAAGAAAAGCUUCCAGAUCCGGUUAGAGAAUCAAAAUCUCUAACCCUCCCUCCUGAAUUUUCCGAUCAAAUCUCAAAUUCGACCUCAGUCAUGGCUGGACUGGCUCCUGAAGGAUCACAGUAUGAUGCCCGUCAGUAUGACAGCAAAAUGAAUGACUUGCUUUCAGAGGAAGGGAAAGAUUUCUUUACUUCUUAUGAUGAAGUUCAUGAUAGUUUUGAUAAAAUGGGCUUGAAAGAGAACCUUCUCAGAGGCAUCUAUGCAUAUGGUUUUGAGAAGCCAUCAGCAAUUCAACAAAGGGGAAUUGUCCCUUUUUGCAAAGGUCUAGAUGUGAUUCAGCAAGCACAGUCUGGGACUGGUAAAACAGCAACUUUCUGCUCUGGCAUCUUGCAGCAGUUGGAGUAUGAUAUAGUGCAAUGCCAAGCUUUGGUGCUUGCCCCAACUAGAGAGCUUGCUCAACAAAUUGAGAAAGUCAUGCGGGCCCUUGGUGAUUAUUUAGGUGUUAAGGUUCAUGCAUGUGUUGGUGGUACCAGUGUUCGGGAGGAUCAAAGGAUCCUUGCUGCUGGUGUCCAUGUUGUUGUUGGGACUCCUGGUCGUGUUUUUGACAUGCUUCGUAGGCACUCCCUCCGUGCUGACAACAUUAGAAUGUUUGUACUAGAUGAGGCAGAUGAAAUGCUUUCCCGGGGUUUCAAAGAUCAGAUCUACGAUAUCUUCCAGCUGCUUCCUGCUAAAAUUCAGGUUGGUGUGUUUUCUGCAACAAUGCCACCUGAGGCCCUGGAGAUUACAAGGAAAUUUAUGAACAAACCAGUAAGAAUCCUUGUGAAGCGUGAUGAACUGACCUUGGAAGGUAUCAAGCAGUUCUAUGUCAAUGUUGACAAGGAAGAGUGGAAGCUAGAUACGCUUUGUGACCUCUAUGAAACAUUGGCCAUCACUCAAAGUGUGAUUUUUGUGAACACCAGACGCAAAGUUGAUUGGCUUACGGACCAAAUGCGUGGCCGUGACCACACUGUCUCUGCCACCCAUGGAGACAUGGACCAGAAUACAAGGGACAUCAUUAUGCGUGAAUUCCGCUCGGGAUCUUCUCGUGUGCUGAUCACAACUGAUCUCUUGGCUCGUGGGAUUGACGUCCAGCAGGUAUCCUUGGUCAUUAACUAUGAUUUGCCAACCCAACCAGAGAAUUACCUUCACCGUAUUGGUCGAAGUGGAAGAUUUGGAAGGAAAGGUGUUGCAAUCAACUUUGUUACUCGUGAUGAUGAUAGGAUGCUCACUGAUAUUCAGAAAUUCUACAACGUAGUCAUCGAGGAGUUGCCUGCAAAUGUUGCAGAUUUGAUCUGAUUGAUUCUGUUUUGCUGUACCAAAACAGAACCUGUCCUGAUUGUUAUAUAUUGGUAUUUUUUUAAUUUUAUUUUUGAUAUCCUGGCAACAUGUUUGUUCUGGAUGUUCCAAAUUUUGUCAAAAACAGUUAGUCAAUGAGGUUUUUUUUCUGUUCUUUUUUUAUUUAUUUUUCAGAUUAAGUGUGUCUGGUUGCUUAUUGUUGAGAGUUGUACUUUUAUUUCAAAU